AUGGAUCAGAAUGAUGCUUGUGUGGUAAAUACGCUUGGUGACCAGAAAAAUGUUCAUGAUGGAAUUGAAGAAAUGUUUUUCAAACCUUUCAAUCCAGAGGAUAAACGUACUGAGAUCACAUACAAAGUAUUAUCCGACCAUAGUGUUCAUCGGGUAUCAAAAGGAAUGGCACCAGUAAUUUUAGAUUUAUGUACGCGAAAUAAAACUCCUGAACAAAUUGAACAAUUGAAUAACGAUGUUGAUGAAUACGCUAAACGUGGUCUACGAGCUUUAGCUGUUGCUAUGGAAGAUGUGCCAAAUGGUCAAGCAGAAGGAGAAGGAAAUGGAUUUCAACUCAUUGGUUUACUACCUAUUUAUGAUCCACCUCGCAGUGAUACUAAAGAAACAAUCGACCGAGCACUUGAAUUAGGAGUAAAGGUUAAAAUGCUAACUGGUGAUCAAUUGCCAAUAGCUAAAGAAACUGGUCGUCGUCUCGGUUUAGGUGAUAAUAUGUUCUUAUCUCAAACUCUAAAAGAAGGCUUACCUAUAGAAAGUGAUUAUAAAGACAUUGACGAUUUGAUUUUUCAUGCUGAUGGUUUUGCCGGUGUUUAUCCUGAAGAUAAAUAUCAAAUUAUUGAACGACUGCAAAAUCUUGGACAUAUGGUUGCAAUGACUGGUGAUGGUGUGAACGAUGCAUCAGCUUUGUCCAAAGCUAAUGUGGGUGUAGCUGUAGCUGACGCAUCGGAUGCCGCUCGGUCAGCAGCUGAUAUUGUUUUGACUGAACCUGGGUUGAGUGUUAUUAUUGACGCUAUUUUGGGUUCACGACAAAUAUUUCAACGAAUGAGAAACUAUGCAAUUUAUACGUGUUCAGUGACAAUUAGAGUUGUGAUUUUGGUAGAACUCGAAUCUGAUCAUGCCAGAAUCGCUUUACUGAAUGAUGGUACAAUCAUGACCAUUUCAAAAGAUCGUGUUAUUCCAUCACCCUAUCCAACUCAUUGGAAUCUAAAGGAAAUAUUUACCUAUGCUGUUGUCUACGGAAUUUAUUUGGCUUUAUCUACAAUAAUAUUUUUUCUCGUAGCUGUUGAAACAACAUUUUUUCAAGAAAAAUUUCAUGUACAAACCUUUGGACGUUUAUCAAACUAUGGUGGACAUAAUGACCCGGUUCUACAUUCAAUUAUCUAUCUGCAAAUAUCAACCAUAAGUCAAGCAUUGAUAUUUAUUACACGUUCACAAGGUCUAUUUUUUACUGAACGCCCAUCGAUGAUGUUAAUUGCAGCAUUCAUUGUGGCACAGUUCACUGCAACAUUUAUCAGUGUUUAUGCUGACUGGGGUUUUACAGAAAUGAAAGGAUGCGGGUGGACAUGGGCCGGUAAGACAGCGGAUGCUCUCAUAAUGUAUCAAACGCUAUUAGCUUUUCCUCACGCCAGUUUACAUUGUAAGGAUGUAGCAAGAGUGCAGAGAUGCGUGGCCAUUGCAUGA